CAAUCCACAAGGACAUAGCAAUUAUUCAGCUUCCUCAAUUUAAAUAGGGUGGUAGGAGUAUUUGAAGUAAUCAAGCCCUAAUUUCGGCGGCAAAGCAGUUCGUCGUCGUCGUCUUCUUCUCUCAGUAGGGUUGUCUUCGACAGCGCGCGGAUGUGCGACAAAUUGAAGGGUUUUGAAAUCUAGGUUAAGAAUUUUGCCCCCUGCCGAUCGAGAUGAGACAUUUGCAGUUGUCGUUGAACAAAGGCCAGAAACUGAGGCUGGAGAGAGCAUUGGAGCAGUUGGAGUCGCUCUCAUCCAAGGCCAAUUCCGAUGCUUCUGUUACUGUUGCGGAUGACAUUCCCGUCAACUAUGAAGAUGCCAUCCUCAAGGGCCACGGCACAGCGGAGAUGGAUGGUAGAGUGGUGGCGACACUAUGUGGAGUUGUAGAGCGUGUCAAUAAGCUCGUUUACGUUCGUUCUUUGAGGGCUAGGUACAAACCGGAGAUCGGUGAUAUCAUAAUUGGCCGAGUUCUUGAGGUUGCGCCUAAGCGUUGGAGAUUGGAGAUCAAUUUCAGCCAAGAUGCCGUGCUGAUGCUUUCUUCGAUGAACUUACCUGACGGUAUCCAGAGACGACGAACAGCAGUGGAUGAACUCAACAUGCGCAGCAUAUUUGAGGAAAACGAUGUCAUCUGUGCUGAAGUUCGCGGAUUCCAGCACGACGGCGCCCUACAUUUACAAGCAAGAAGCCAAAAGUACGGAAAGCUCAAAACAGGCCAACUGCUCACGAUCCCUCCUUAUCUCGUGAAGAAGCGCAAGCAGCAUUUCCACUACCUCGACCAGUACGGAAUUGAUCUCAUACUGGGCUGCAACGGAUUCAUCUGGGUCGGGGAACACGUCGAAGUGAAAGAUGACAUGGUCGAAGACGUGUUGGAGAAGUCUCCGGAGCCCCAAAAUGCAAAGCCUUGUAAUACGCCCGUCGACAAACCGCUAGAAGAGACUCGGACACCGCUCGCGACUAGACAAAACAUAUGCCGAGCAGCUAAUGCUAUACGGGUACUUUCUACGCUAGGCUUCACGAUCACUGUAGAAAUCAUAAUGGAGAUCGUUGACCUGAGUAUCUCUUCGAGCGUCGACAUACAUGAAAUGCUUGGCGCCGAGUUCUAUGUUGUAGUCGCCGAGAAUGAAGCUGCGCAACGGUCGUCGUCGUCGAGAAAGAGGUGAUUUUUUUUUUUUUUGAAUACAUACAUAAGACAAGUUUUUUUUGGUGCUAUAGAGAUCUUCUGCUGAGGAAGGUAUUGUCAUAAUUUUGUAAGAUCAUCCAUUCUGUGUUCAUUCACAAGGUUUUUGUAUUCAGCUCAUAAUAUUGGAGAGAGAUCAAACAUGCAUUUUUAUUUAAAUAUUUUUAAUUUGUUUGCCCAACAAAAAAUAUUUUCUAUAUAUAAU